GAAAACGUCAAAGUGGCCCAAAGACUUGGCUCCGAAAUCGUAACGUGAGCUGUCUUGUCUUAGGUGAAUAUAAAUUUCGUUGACGCUUUUUGAUUUAAUCAACAAUCGAUCAAUAUAUUAAAUAUGGCACUGAAAUUGCUUGUUGGACAGAAGAUAAUGAACGAAGUAGUUCGUUACAAGGGAUCAUCAAGCAAUUUGUUGCCAAACGGUAAGCCUGGCACAGAAUGGAGAAUUCUAAUCGUCGAUCAACUUGCUAUGCGCAUGGUCUCGGCUUGUACAAAAAUGCAUGAAAUAAGCGCAGAAGGAAUAACUCUUGUGGAAGACAUUCAUAAGAAGAGAGAACCGUUGCCUGCAAUUGAAGCUGUUUAUUUGAUCACACCGUCAGAAGAUUCAAUUCGACUGCUAAUGAGAGAUUUCGAAAAUCCCGCGAAGCCCACCUACAAAGCUGCCCACGUGUUUUUUACAGAAGUGUGCCCUGAAGAACUCUUCAAUGAUAUUUGCAAAUCUGUAGUUUCUAGAAAGAUCAAAACAUUGAAGGAAAUCAACAUAGCGUUUCUUCCUUAUGAGUCUCAGGUAUAUUCACUGGAUUCACCUGUAACAUUUCAAUGCGCAUAUUCGCCUGCUCUUGCAUCAGCACGAUACGGAAACAUGGAACGAAUUGCUGAACAAAUUGCAACACUUUGUGCUACUUUGGGCGAAUAUCCAUCGGUACGCUAUCGAAGUGAAUGGGAUGGCAACGUAGAAUUGGCACAAAUGAUUCAACAAAAGCUGGAUGCUUACAAAGCCGAUGAACCAACUAUGGGAGAGGGGCCCGAGAAAGCUAGAUCUCAAUUGUUGAUAUUAGAUCGCGGGUUCGAUUGUGUUUCUCCUUUAUUGCAUGAACUUACUUUACAAGCAAUGGCUUAUGACUUAUUACCAAUUGUCAACGAUGUUUAUAAAUUUAUUCCUUCGCCAAAUGCUACUGAAAAGGAGGUUUUACUUGAUGAAAACGAUGACCUAUGGGUCGAUUUACGUCAUCAACAUAUCGCAGUAGUUUCUCAGAGUGUCACUCAAUACCUGAAAUCGUUCACGGAGUCAAAAAGACUUACUCAAACGGAGAAGCAAUCGAUGAAAGAUCUUUCACAAAUGAUUAAAAAGAUGCCACAAUACCAAAAACAAUUGUCUAAAUAUUCUACACAUUUACAUUUGGCAGAAGAUUGCAUGAAAUCAUAUCAAGGAUAUGUUGAUAAAUUAUGCCGCGUAGAACAAGAUCUAGCUAUGGGAACAGACGCUGAAGGAGAGAAAAUAAAAGACCACAUGCGCAAUAUUGUCCCUAUACUAUUAGAUCAAUCAGUAUCCAACUAUGAUAAAGUUCGAAUUAUUUGUUUAUAUGUUAUGAUAAAGAAUGGUAUUUCAGAAGAAAAUUUGACAAAACUAGUGACGCAUGCUCAAAUUGAGCCAAAGGAAAGAGAAAUGAUUACAAAUCUAAACUACUUGGGAAUAAAUGUAAUAGCCGAUGGUAAUCGUAAAAAAAUUUACACAGUUCCACGCAAGGAACGUAUUAAUGAACAUACUUACCAGAUGUCUAGAUGGACUCCGGUUAUAAAGGAUAUUAUGGAAGAUGCGAUUGACAACAAGUUAGACGAACGCCAUUUUCCUUUUCUAGGUGGAAGGAAAACAGCUGGAUUCCAUGCACCUACAAGUGCUCGUUACGGUCAUUGGCAUAAGGAUAAAUCACAGGCAGCUGUUAAAAAUGUUCCCCGUCUCAUUGUUGUUGUCGUUGGUGGAGUGAGCUACUCAGAAAUACGUUGUGCAUAUGAAGUGACAUCCGCUGUAAAAAACUGGGAGGUGUACAUUGGAUCAUCGCACAUUUUAACACCAGAGACAUUCCUCAGUGAUCUUGGUUCACUGAAUAAAGAGUGAAGUCUAAUAAUUUUAAAAUACACAACCAAUUGAAUAAAAUCUUAGUUUAUAAGGCAUGUGAUGUACUUAAUGUGCUGAUUUAUAUAAUGUAUAUAAAGCUGUUCCACAAUACAA